AUGGCGGUCGCUCAUAACGGUCGGCUCGCCUUGCCGGCUGCAGGGCAGUUGCAUGGCACUGUUGCAUUGUCUGGUAAAAGGAACUGGAGCAUAGUGAAGUUCUGUAAUGGAGAUUUAAUGGGGAAGAAGCUCAACUGCACAAGACUAGAGCAAAGACAGCAGAUUAUAAAUGCUGCAGGGCGUCGUCCUCCUCCCGUGUGCAUGACCCUCACUGCUGAUUUUGUUGGUGAGGCCAAGCUAAGAGACCAGGAGGCAGAGAAAAGGGAUCCCAGAACAGUUGUUGCAAUUAUACUUGGAGGCGGAGCUGGUACCCGUCUUUUCCCUCUCACAAAACGCAGAGCAAAGCCUGCGGUACCUAUUGGAGGAGCUUACCGGCUAAUUGAUGUUCCAAUGAGCAACUGUAUCAAUAGCGGUAUCAAUAAGGUCUACAUUCUUACCCAGUUCAAUUCAGCAUCACUCAACAGGCACCUUGCAAGGGCUUACAACUUUAGCGGUGGUGUCACUUUUGGAGAUGGAUAUGUAGAGGUCUUAGCAGCCACUCAAACUCCAGGUGAGCUAGGUAAAAGAUGGUUCCAAGGUACAGCAGAUGCAGUAAGACAGUUCCACUGGCUUUUUGAGGAUCAAAGAAGCAAGGACAUUGAAGAUGUACUCAUUCUAUCAGGAGAUCACUUAUACAGAAUGGACUACAUGGACUUUGUCCAGGAUCACAGACAAAGUGGUGCAGAUAUCUCAAUAUCAUGUCUGCCCAUAGAUGACAGCCGUGCAUCAGAUUUUGGGUUGAUGAAGAUCGACAACAAGGGAAGGGUUAUAUCUUUCAGUGAGAAACCCAGAGGAGAUGACCUGAAGGCAAUGGCAGUUGACACAACUGUACUGGGAUUAUCUCGAGAAGAAGCUGAGAAAAAACCAUAUAUCGCUUCAAUGGGGGUUUAUGUCUUCAAAAAGGAAAUUCUUCUAAACCUUUUAAGGUGGCGUUUUCCUACAGCAAAUGAUUUUGGGUCAGAAAUUAUACCAGCAUCAGCAGGAGAAUACUACAUAAAGGCUUAUCUAUUUAAUGACUACUGGGAGGACAUCGGGACAAUCAAAUCAUUUUUUGAAGCAAACCUUGCCCUUACAGAGCAUCCACCGAGAUUUAGUUUUUAUGAUGCUACAAAGCCAAUCUAUACAUCAAGGAGAAACUUGCCACCAUCAAAAAUCGACAACUGCAAGAUUGUUGAUUCAAUCGUCUCACAUGGUAGUUUCUUGACCAAUUGCUUUGUGGAGCACAGUCUCAUUGGAGUGAGAUCCCGAAUAAACUCCAAUGUCCACUUGAAGGACACAGUGAUGUUGGGUGCCGAUUACUAUGAAACAGAUGCUGAGAUUGCUUCAGAGUUAGCUGAAGGAAGAGUUCCGAUUGGAAUUGGAGAAAACUCAAGAAUAAAGGGCUGCAUUAUUGACAAAAAUGCCAGAAUAGGGAAAAAUGUCAUCAUUGAGAAUUCAGAGGGUAUACAGGAAGCAGACAGAUCAUCAGAAGGAUUUUAUAUAAGAUCAGGAAUUACAGUCAUACUAAAAAACUCUACCAUCAAGGAUGGAGUUGUGAUAUAA